AUGUUAAACAUCAACACUUUAUUUCAGCCCUCCUCCAAAAAGCCUAUAGAUUUGAUAUGCACCCAUUUAACUUUAGCUAAUAUCAUGACAAUUCUUUCCAGUGUGAUUCCAGAAAUAAUAAAUGCUUUUGGGGUAAGAAAUUUUCUGGAUGACAUUGGUUGUAAGGCAGUGCUGUACAUCUACAGAGUCACACGGGGUGUCUCCCUCUGCACCACGUCUUUCCUGAGUAUUUUUCAGGCCAUAAUUAUCACUCCUAGCAACUCUAGGUGGGCAUGGCUCAAACCCAAAGUCUCCAUGUACCUUUUUCCUGCCUUCUUUUCUUUCUGGAUCAUCAACAUGCUGAUCUACGUCCGUGUCAUCAUAACUGCUGUGGGCCCCUACAACAUCAGUGAAGUUGGACAAGUGUAUUCACUGACAUACUGUAGUGGGAGAGAACCUGAUAAACUUCAGGAGGCUGCUUUUCUAGGGGGUAUGGUCUUACGAGAUAUUCUGUGUAUUUGCCUCAUGAUCUGGACCAGUAUGUACAUGGUAAACUUUCUCUUCAUACAUCGCAAGACAGUCCAGCAUGUCCAUAGGACCAGCCUCUGCCCAAGACCAUCUCCUGAAACCAGGGCCACCCACACAAUCCUGGCACUGGUGAGCUGCUUUGUUUUCUUUUACUGGACCAACACUUGCCUUACCAUUUACAUAAUUUACAGGCAUAAUGUACAAAGUCUGGAGAACAUUACUAUUUUUCUCUCCUCUUGUUAUCCAGCAAUCUGCCCUUUUGUGCUGAUCAAAAAUAAUAAUAGACGAUCAUUUCUGAACUGUAACUUUGCAAAAACGAGAAAGUCCUCACCACAGUCUAUGUCCCUUAGAGGUUUGAACGCCCUCACAAACUUCUUUGACACAAGAGCCAUGUGA